GGCGGCGGCGGCGGGCGGCGUGGUGGUGGUGACUCCGCCGGGGGGCGGCCGCGCUGCAUGGGGGCGGGGGCCGGCCGCCAUGGAGGGGGUGCUGUACAAGUGGACCAACUACCUGAGUGGCUGGCAGCCUCGAUGGUUUCUUCUCUGUGGUGGCAUCCUGUCCUAUUAUGACUCUCAGGAAGAUGCCUGGAAGGGUUGUAAGGGAAGCAUCCAAAUGGCCGUGUGUGAAAUUCAAGUUCAUCCUGCAGAUAACACACGAAUGGACCUGAUCAUCCCAGGGGAACAGUACUUCUAUCUGAAGGCAAGAAACGCAGUUGAAAGGCAAAAGUGGCUGGUUGCACUAGGAACUGCCAAAGCCUGUCUGACCGACAGCAGGACACAGAAGGAAAAAGAGUUCACUGAAAACACAGAAGCCUUGAAGACUAAAAUGUCUGAACUUAGACUGUACUGUAACCUCCUUGUUCAACAAGUGCAUAAAACGAAGGAAGCCAGCAUUUCUGGUGCAUCAGAACCAGAGAGCGGGAUUGAUAUGGGAGCUCUGUUAAAAUCGACCUGUGACACCUUCCUGAAGACCCUUGAAGAAUGUAUGCAGAUUGCAAAUACUGCCUUCACUUCUGAGUUAUUGCAUCAGACCCCACCUGGCUCCCCAAAUCUAGCAGUUCUCAGAACAAACAAGAUAAAGCACUCUGUCUUGUCCAGUCAUACCGCAACGGAAAGGCAGAUGGAAUUGAGCCCCUGUGAAAAUGGCUCUGUAAAAUCAGAAAUUAACCAUCAAGAGCAAACCCUUAUUAAAAGUCUGGAAUGUUUAAACCUGGGAACAAAUGAGGGGAGCAGUGACAUUUCUGUUGAAGAUCACAUAGCAGAGGAUUUAGCAGAAGAUGGAGAGAACAAGCUGCAAGCUGUAGAAAGCUUUGGUGCCCAGAAGUUGCUGCAAUCAGAAAUGAAUUCGUUAAGUGGAUUGACCCUGUGUGAGGAAGACAGAAAUGAAAAUGAUUCUCCUACCUUCUUCAGUGUCAUGAGCAAUAGGUUCAGCGAUAUUGAACUUCGGGAGGAGGAGGGCAUACCGACAGAAGAGUUUCUGGAGUCAUGUUAUGCAAUUGUGCCUGUUCUGGACAAGCUGGGACCAACCGUUUUUGCUCCUGUUAAAAUGGAUUUUGUAGGUAACAUCAAGAAAAUAAACCAGAAAUUUAUAACCAACAAAGAAGAGUUUGAUACCCUUCAGAAGAUAGUGCUCCACGAAGUGAAUGCUGGCGUAGCACAAGUUAGAAACUCUGCUACAGAGGCUCUCCUGUGGCUGAAAAGAGGCUUAAAAUUCUUGAAAGGAUUUUUGACAGAAGUGAAGAACGGGGAAAAGAAUAUCCAAACAGCUCUGAACAAUGCUUAUGGAAAGACAUUACGGCAGCACCAUGGUUGGGUUGUCCGCGGGGUCUUUGCGUUAGCUUUAAGGGCAGCUCCAACGUACGAAGACUUUGUGGCAGCUCUGUCUGUAGAGGAGUGUGAUCCUCAGGAAGAAACGUUUUACAAAGGAAUGCAGAGGGACCUCAACAUUUAUUUACCAGCCAUGGAAAAGCAGCUAAAUAUCUUGGACACUCUCUAUGAAGUACAUGGUUUGGAGUCGGAUGAGGUGGUAUGACUACAGCAAGACCGUGUAUUAAAACUUCAGGGACUGUGUCUGUUAACAAAGAUUCCUUUCUUUUUGGGUUUUUUUUUUUGGACAUCGUUUCUGUUCAUUGUAUCUUUUCAGGUGGGAAGGGUGUCGUGAGUGUUUUUGGGGAAGGGUAUGUAUGAUUAUUUUUUUUUGUUAGCACUUGUUUUGUGUUUAAAUGCAGAGGUACUGUUUCUCUUUGGGUCAUAACUAUGUCUGUGAUGAAUGUUUUUGACUGUUUUUCUCCUGCCUGUGAGCUCCCUCUUCUCUUCACCUCAUAAAAGUGACAGAGCAGAAUUUGGCCUUCACUCCCGUACCUUAGGGGAGAGCUGUGUGUGCAGCAGAGUGGUAGAUCACGUCCAUCAUCCUGGUUUAUUAAGGUUUCGGUGUUUUUUUCUGUUUUGUGUUUAGGGUUUUCUUAAAUCAAAUUCACAUGAAAAUGUAAUACUUGCUUUUAAACUGAAUACAGCUAGCAAUUUAAAAAGCAGAUUUUAUUAAAAUCCUCCCUAGGCUGCCAUUAUGGGCAGACACUUCAUGAAAGUGGACAUGAAAUGGGUAAACGUUGGAGAAGCUAGAAUUUGUCAUGGAACCAUUACACAUUGGGCCAAUUGCAAACCUGAAAAUCUGAAAUGAUGUAAAAGUGACUGGAAAUCAAGAAAGUAAAAGUUUUUUUCCCAUUUUGCUGAUACAGACAAAAAUGUUCUCCUUAACACUGCUGCUAUUAAAAAUAAUAAAGCAGUCCUUUUAGGGUCUCUCAGUGGUGUCCUAGGGCUUCAGAUGGCUUUGGGCAAAGAGUUGAGUUUAACUCAUGGGCAGGAGGAGAGAAGGCUGUGCUAAUGAGGUACUUAGAAUUAGUAAAUCUUCAUAAAUACAGGAGGGAGAAGUACUGGCUUUUGCUAGGCUAAAAGCCACAUUGUCAGUAAAAUGAAUGUACUGCAGGUCUGCUGCCCUGCUCUCUGCACACCCAACACUUGAUCCUUUCUAAGGAGCUUUAAGAAAGGCAUAUGAAGUUUGAAGAAAAGACCAAGCAUCACACUUGAUGUAUAAAGCAAGGUAGCAGAACUGUAAUUAGGUGUUUAAACAGCAUGUCUUUCUUGUUCCUGUCAUCUUCUCUGAGCUGUGCCUAUCUGUAGUUCCUACAUACACCAAGAGGAAUCAGAAGGAUGUGGGAGUUUUAGGUUUUUUGGGUUUUCUUAAGUGAAGUAGUAUAUAUUUGAGUACAAAGUAAAACUUUUGACCAAAGCUCCAUUCAAUUAUUUCACUACUUGCAGUGCUAAAAAUGAAGCAGAGAGCCUGUGGGAUUUGGCUGUCUGCCGCUUCUAAGCAUGAAUGGAAAGAAACCACCCCUGCAGCAGAACAACCAGCUCUCUACCCUACAUGGUUUCCUCAGGGUUUUCAGCUAUUAUGUUGGAAACUUCACUGUAAUAGUUCUUACCUGAAUGCUCUGGGAAGGUAAUGGAGACCACAAUUCCACAAAAUAUCAGGUCGGGCUAUGGGAAGAGCAGGAAGAGAUCCCUCUUCUCUAGAAAUUACCUGUGAAGAUUGUGAAAAUUGGCUUCCCUUUUUGCUCUAAGCUUUUCCAGUAGCAGGAAAGUGUAUUCAGCACUUAGCCUUAGAUUUAUUUUUGGCUUUUCUGUUUGUUUUGUUUUUUAAAUAGCGGGAGAACCACUGGUUUGUUAGUAGUGUGUCAGACCCAACAGUUUGAUGCAAAAGGUAAGGAGGCUUUAUUUUGUAAGCAGGGAUCUUAACAGCUUUGUUGGGCCAUAAGCUUCAUUGGGCCGUUGGUUCAGCAAUUACUACCAUUCUUCUUUCCUCUAACAAAUAGAGAGUGGUCUACAUUGCAUAUCCUCUAAUCAGCAUGGAAUCCUGCCUCAGAGCAGGCUCUCUUGUCUGUUGGAGACAAGUUUGUUGCUUUCUGUUUGAUUUGUUUGGUUCAUUGAUUAGUUACUGUUGUUUUGGUGGUUUUUUUUUUUAAUGGCUGACAUUUAUGAACAACUGACCUGGGUACUGAUAGUGGUCCGUAUGACUCUUAAAUAACAGCACCCUUGCUCUGUAUACUUUACAUGAACUGCUUUGGUUUCUUAAACUGCACUAGUCUGAAGUUUUGCGUCCCUUUUCUUCAGAAAUGCUUUCGGCUGUUUCCUUCAAUGUCUAACAGUUGCAUAUUCUCAGGGAUUUUACUUAGCGAUGGCAAAAUAAGAGUAAUCACAGCUUUACCCUAGGGGAGUAAGGCUGCUUUUUGUGUAAUAGUAUAGCUGAGCAUAGAACUCUGAUACAGCGUAUGGCACUGACAGUGUCUAUCCAGUGCACAUCCUUGCUGAGACAUGGUAAAUCCCAAAGCAAUCUGAUAGAAGUGCUAUCUAGUACUGAAUAAUGGCUGUCAGCAUAUUUGAAUAGAGAUCAUACACACACCUGUGUAAUAUAGUGCUGUUGGCAUUAGAGCAGAGCUCUCAAAUAAUUUCAGUCGAGUUCUGCUUAGCAAUGGGAGGCUUUUAUUUAUUUUAUUUAUUUUGUUGUUUGUUUUUUUUUUUAAACAAACUGUGUUCUGGAGCCCCCUCUGCUAUUUUAAGACAUCAUACUCCGUUGCAUAUUGAAGUUCUGUGACAUUACAAUUGUAUAAUAUGAACUGGAUUCUCAAGUGCUUUAAUGUAAACUUAAGGAGUCAUUGAAACAUCCCAUCUUGACACUGUUGUUAUAUGGGUCUCCCCCUUUAACAGAUGCACUUAAAGUUAAGGGCCAUAUACCUUCACUGGAAGAUCUUUAUAAAGCAUCAUCAGGAUUUAGGUUACAGCUGUUUGCUUUAAAAAUAUUCCAUAGUUUGGAAAAGGUCACUUGGUUGGCUGGACAUUUAAAAAGUAUGCCCAAAUCGUGCUCCAGUUGUUUGCAGCCUCCUUUGGCAAAGGGAUGUGGACCAUCACAGAAAACAGUGUUACGUAUGUCCAUAUGCUGGACCUUCUAACCCUUUCUUUUCUUUAUCAAUUCAGCUUUUGUGAAAAGCUUUACGGAGCCCUAAAAUGCUUUUUAAACACCAGAAAAGACCCUUAGAUGUUCCUAUGUGGCUAACUUUCCAUCUUCCCUCACCUGGUCACCACCCUUUCCUUUCCUUCCGUCCUCAACUUCCUUGCUGCCGGAGCUGUUGCAGUCAAACUGAAGCAUCUCUCUAUUAAGAGCACAAAGCAGGAAGUGUUGAAAGUGAUAAAAAUGUAAUGUUGGAAAAUCAGACCUGACUUGUUUGGCAGGCAGCCAGGCUCACAGUCAGGUGGAGGAUGUUCUGCUUUUCUCUGAAGUUUCUCCUUGAUUUGACAUAUUUUGCCAGGAAAACUACACCACUUUGAACUUUUAAUUUCACUGAUGAAAUUUAAAUCAGGACACUUCAAAAUUGGCAGUUCUGCCUCUUUUGAGGGAAAGCACAGGGAUUUUUUUUUUUUAAUUGACUGAUUUCUGUUCCCUUGCCUGCAUAGUACUGAUAAAAAAAAAAAGAGAAGGGGGGCAGGAAUAACUGAAUUUGUGCCUCUUUCCUGCCUUCUGCAGCCCCUUGGUGAACAAACCCUGCAAACUACUGCGUGCUCCAAGCAAUAUAAAAUCACCCUUGUGCAGAAGGGGUAUCAUAGCUCACUUACUGGCCCUGAGCAAGCCCAGGCAGUACCUGACACAGUUUGCACAAGGAUUUAAGCACUUGCUUUGAAUUUAGAACGUAGACGUGUGUGUGCUUCACUUAAACACAUGUUCACCCUCCCACUGGCAUGCUCUUCUUCAAAAUGUGAUCUUUGACUAUAAUUUUUAGUAUCCCUUUCUUGGUGUGUUAUUUCUCCUCCCAAAUACUCCAGAUGUGCCAAAGGUUGGUUAGCUUUUCUUUUUUUAAUUUAUGAAACUUCCUUGUUUUCAUUUCCUGAUUUUUGCUUAGCACUCUAUAUUUUGCAUUGCAGCAUUCAGGGGGUCCAAAAUUUACUUCCUAAUUCCUUUAUUUAAAGUCAUCUUGAAAGUUUGAGAUUUAUGUCUACUUGAAACUAAACUUCCCAAGUAAAUUGCAUUCCGGAAUAUGGUGACUAAAUUGAAAACCAAAGCAGCUUGCUUUUGUGGUUUCCUUUCCUAUUUUCUUUUUUUCAAGGCAAUUUUGGGCAUACGUUUUGUCAAUGUCAAGUAGAGCUUACUGCAAACCUUACUUAUAUGUGCUGAAAUACGUCUGAAACGAAGAGAAGGUAUAUUGCCUCACACUUUAAAUUUACUUAAUUCUAAGGGCUUGUUCUUGCCCCCAAAAUCACCCCUUCCAGUGUAAGUGUUGCACAGAUUGUGCUGGCAUAAGCAGUUGAGUCCUAAAAUACUUUGACGUUUCUGGUCAGCAUCAUCUCUCAAAUCAUACAGCAUCUGUCUCUCUUCUGUUGGAGCAUUGUUAAGAACUUUGUCAGACUUUUAUAUUAUUUCAUUAUAAUAAACUUAUUUUAAAUAAGCAUGUUUUAAAAUCUCACUUUCUCCUUGCAUGGAUUUUGUUUCUUUUAUUACAAUAGGGGGCCUAAAGUGCUCUUCAGGACUGCAUCUGUUCUAGGUACUGUGUGAACAGUCGAAAACAGUAUGUUUCUGGUUCAUAGAAACUACCUGUAUGUAUCUUUGUAAGAAGAAUGUUAACACACAUGGAGCCUGUUUUGAUUACGAGAAUAAAAGCUGUGUCUGGCA